AGUAAAAGGAAAUGUCUAUUCAUUUGAGUGUGCACUUUACCUUGGCUCCUGUUACCUUGACUGGCACUUGGAAAUUUCCGUAUAUGACAGCACGAAGUGGUUUUCGAGGACCUGAUGUCACUUUUCUUCUAUGCUUGACAUUGCUGUGAGCUUCCUUUUGCAGAUAGAAAGUUUUGUUGUUAAAAAUGAAUUGUGAUGUAAAUUGAAUCAUGGUCUACUACAGUGGGACCCCAUUUAACCCAUUCUCAGACCAAAUGCAUCCUGACCAGGAAGAAUUGUCUUCAAACUGAGAACCAAAGUGAAAAACAAAAGAUGAGAGCGUAGCUAAACUACAGAUCUUAAUACCAAAUAAAAUCCAUCUGGCUGUAGAUGAUCAUCUUCCUCAGGUGCUGUUACACUGACUCAUGUGGUGUGAGGUGUGAUGUUGUCAGACAUUCAGCACUCUCUCUGCACUACUCUCACACUAAAGCUGAAGAUCUUUCUUCCAUUUUUCCUUCAGCAUGACAAAAAGGAAGAAUACAUUCUGUAUGGAGGGAGAUUAGCAUGGUGAGGAAGUAGCUGAUGGCUCCUGGUCAGGAUAGUAACCUCAAAGCAAGCCAUCAUUACUGAGUCCUCUGAAUGGGAGUUUGUCCACGGUGAGAAAGGGACGACUGAACUGAAAUUAUGCUCUCAGAGGAAUCAUAUAUGAGAGAAAUUAGGGAAGAAAUAUAACUCAAGACAGAAGGCAUCAAUUACCUUCUUGAUGUGUGGCUGAUUUCUUGUAAUUAUCAAACGGCAGCCUCCAAUUUUGCUGUGAGCUAGAGUGGCCUAAUGGCGAGAUACUCAUCAUCAAAGUCACACUGGCAGUGAACGUAUGAAACAUAUCAUUUCUUAUAAUUGCAGUUUACGGCAAAUCCGUGCCUUUUGUGUAGAAACAUUUGUCUCCUUUCUCAGAUUGCAAAGCACAUGUUGAUAAAAUCCGUUUUGUCAGCACCGUGUCGGCGCUAAUCCUGCUUUUAUCCAUUUUUGUUUUUUAAUUGCUAGAUAGGUGUACUCGUAAGAAGCUCUUUACGUGGUUAGGAAAAGCGUUUAAGGUUAUAGGCGUCAGAGGACAGCUCAGGAGCAAACGUGUUUAGGCAGCAGUGGCGGGAAAACUGUUUGCUCAAGUGAUGCGUUUAAGUACAAUUCGGAGGUACUUCUGCUUUGUUGAGUUUUUCCAUUUCUGCUGCUUUACAGUCAAAAGCCACUCACAAGCUUAUAUAACGCUGCAUUCAUGUGAUGUGAUUAUUUUGAAAUUCAGAUCCAAAAUGCUAAAUGUUAUAAACAAAUAACCCCUUCUUGAUCAGCUGUAAAUAUAACAUUAUUCUGCCAUAUAUGCACACCAGCCGCUUCAUUAGGUAAACCUUGCCACUCUUUUUGACUUCUUAACUUCCUUAAACCUCGGUGGCACAUAUUCAACGGUGUGCUGCACAUCCGUGAAAUGAAUCUCCCAUUAAACCACAUCCCAAAGGUGCUCUGGUGGAUUGAGAUUCGGUGACUGUCUAGGCCGUUUGAGAACAGUGAACUCCUUGUUAUGUUCAAGAAGCCAGUUUCAGGUGGUUUUAGCUUUGUGACAUGUUCUCUUUUCCUGCUAGGAGCAGCUAUCAAAAGAUGGGCACACUGUGUUCAUAAAAGGAUGGAGAUGGUCAGCAACAAUGCUCAAAUAGGCUGUUGUGUUUAAACCAUGCUGGAACUAAGGAGACCAGAGUAUGCCAAGUGGUUAUCUGAGUUUUUCUUGCUUUCCUAUCAGCUGAAAGCAGUCUGACUCAUUCUGCUCUGAACUCUGACGUUAACAAGGCAUUUUCACCCAGAGAAGCACCGCUCACUUGGCUUUUUUUCAGACCAUUCUCUGUAAACCCGAGAGAUGGUUGUGUGGGAAAAUCCCAGCAGAUCAGCAUUUUCUGAAAUACCCAGAUCAGCCUGUCUGGCACCAACAACCAUUACAUUUUUUUCUCCAUCUGAUGCUCGGUUUGAACUUAAGCAGGCCAUUUUGACCAUAAAUACAUGCCUAAGUGCAUGUGGUUGCUGCCAUCUCGUUGGCCGAUUAGAUAUUUCCUAUAACAAGACAACACGUUCUCACUCCCAAAGUGUAACAUAUUACAUGUGACAAAUAGUCGGUAAGUUACUCUUUCGGCCACCCAACACAUUCCUAUGUUACUCAUUCAGAAACAGGAGGAAACAUGAGAACCAUUUGGACUGAAUCUACACAUGUACAUUUAUUUUACUUUCUCCUCAUGAAUCGCUCUGGAAAACACUAUCUAACACGAUUAAGGUUGUGGUUAAGGUUAGGGAUAAGGUUAGGGUUAGGGUUAGGACUGGAAUACACUGCUGGAACGUGUGUUACCGCCGGGAGCAUCAUUCUAUUGGAUUCCAUCCACAAUCAGGUGCAUAUCAUAGGGACUCGGAAGGUUACCUUUCACAUUCCCCUGGGACACCUCAGGACGUUACAAAUCGUCGGCAUGUUACGCGUCGGGAAUGAGAAUGCUCUGAACAAGAAGUUGAACAGGUGUACCUAACAAAGUGGCCCAUGAUCAAUUUAUAAGUUAGCAUACUGAGUACAUGUAUUAUGUAUUAUGUAUUUGGUGCUUUAACUCUAAUUUAUCCACACCAGUUUACAGCAGUAGACUGGCUUAGGGAGUGUAUGUUAAAGCAGAGACUGUAUAGUUUGUGCCUGGAAUUUCUUCCUUACAGAUGAUCUAAUGUUUGUAUUUGUACAAUACUUUACUCAGGCACUUCCUUCUGUGACGUUAAUAAUGUGUAUGGAUGCUGAUAGUCAACAGUCUUCAAAGAGAGCGACACCAAACUUGGCAAUAUCUUGGAUGACUUACAGUGUGUGUGUGUGUGUGUGUGUGUGUGUGUGUGUGUGUGUGUACUUGUUUAGGCAUCUUUGUGAGGACAGAAAAUUGGCAUGUCACUAUACUUGUGAGGACCAACAGUCUUAUAAGGACAAAAUGCCUGUCCAUACAAGUUUUAAGGCAUUUUUGAGGCUCAAAAUUAGAUUUUAGUGUCAGAUUUACAAUUAUGUUAUGGUUAGGUUUAGGCUAAGGGUUAGGGUUAGGCAUUCAUUUUGGAUGGUUAGGGUAAGGCUAAGCGUGUGUGUGUGUGUGUGUGUGUGUGUGUCAGACACAUAAACAUUGGCAUGACCUGUUUUGCUUUGACAAACAAUUCAGUUUGCUGCCUUACUUGAUUUUCCUGUUUAAGCUUUAGUGGCCAUGUUUGAAGGCAAAACAGACAUUAUAAACGAGUGGGAGAGGGAAGUGCUCUUCUAAAAUGUAGAAGGAAGGGUAAGAAUAAGAGGAAGGCAGGGACACUUGAAGACUCAAAUGUUUUGGCUGCCCUUCUCAAGUCCGCAGAGUUCUUCGACAUGCUGGAAAAGAUGCAGGAUGACUAUAUCCCCUACCCACGGAUAGAAGAUGUCCUAGAGAAGGGUGGUCCAUACCCCCAGGUAAUCCUGCCCCAGUUCGGGGGUUAUUGGAUUGAGGAUGUGGAGGCACCAGCAGGAACUCCAUCUUCCUCAGAAUCUAGUUUCUGUGAGGAGGAAGACGGAGGAGAGGGCAUGAGCCCCGGUGGGGGGCACAGCUACCGUCUGGAGUGCAACAGCACAGCCCGUGCCUACCGCAAACACUUCUUGGGCAAGGAGCACAUGAACUACUAUUGCACCGGCAGCAGCAUAGGCAACCUCAUCAUGUCCCUGAAACACGAAGAGGCUGAGGGACAGGAGUUCCUGCGCAUCAUGCUCAGGUCGAGGACCAAAACAGUUCACGAUAGAAUCUCUUUAGCAGGGCUCAACCAGCUGCCCAGUGUACCACAGAUUGCCAAGGUCUUUUGUGAUGAUGCCACAGGGAUGAAGUUCAACCCGGUCCUGUACCCACGGGGAUCCCAGUUAAUAGUGGCUUAUGAUGAACAUGAGGUGAACAACACGUUCAAAUUCGGAGUCAUCUACCAGAAGUUUGGACAGACAUCAGAAGAGGAGCUAUUUGGAAACAAUGAGGAGACGCCAGCUUUCAAGGAGUUUCUCAGUAUCUUAGGAGACACCGUUGAACUUCAAGAUUUUAAAGGGUUCCGUGGUGGGCUGGACGUGUCCCAUGGACAGACGGGGUCUGAAUCUGUCUACACCGUCUUCAGACAGAGGGAGAUUAUGUUCCACGUGUCAACUAAGCUUCCCUUCACCGAGGGUGAUGUUCAGCAGCUCCAAAGAAAAAGGCACAUAGGAAACGACAUUGUGGCCGCAGUCUUCCAAGAAGAGCCCACACCGUUUGUUCCGGACAUGAUCGCCUCCAACUUCCUGCACGCCUACGUCCUGGUGCAGGCUGAGAACCCCUGCACAGAGCACACGACAUACAAGGUGUCUGUUACGGCGAGGGAAGAUGUACCUUCAUUUGGACCUCCCCUCCCAAACCCAGCCAUCUUCAAGAAGGGUCCAGAGUUUCGAGACUUCCUGCUGACAAAGCUGAUCAAUGCUGAAAACGCCUGCUACAAAUCUGACAAAUUCGCCAAACUGGAGGGGCGAACACGAGCCGCGCUGCUGGACAAUCUCCACGACGAGCUGCACAGACAGAGUCAAAGCGCGCUUGGUCUGGGCCAGGUCGGAGAGGAGGACAAGCUUGAGAACGGGGGACACGGAGGCCUGCUGGAGUCCUUCAAGAGAGCCAUGCGGGUCAGGAGCCACUCCAUGGAGACCAUGGUAGGGUCUCACCGUCACAGGAGCCCCGGUGUAGGAGGUGGUGUUCCAGCCAGCCUCAGUGGUGGAGGUCUGCCGCAGAGCACCAGCGAAUGCACAAAGAGCACCUUCACUCCUCCUGUACUCUCAGCCAAGUCUCCCCUGAAGAGCCCUGUAAAACGGCGCUCGGGUCUCUUCCCCCGUCUCCACUCCAGCACAGAAACCUCAGACAAACACACGCGUGGCGACCAAAAGUUUGCAGAGAGCUGCUCACUGUCCCAGGACGUGAAAUCAGAGACGUCAUCCAAUCCGAGCUCACCUGAGAUCUGUCCCAACAAAGAAAGGCCGUUUGUCAAGCUGAAGGAGUGCGGCGGCGGCAGGCAGAACAUUUCUCGUUCUUCUUCCAGCACCAGCAGCUUCAGCAGCACCACGGGAGAAACAGAAGCUCUGGAAGAACUGGAGACGGCCAGCCAUCCAUCCAUAGCUUCUUCCUCUGCCUUCAGCCCCGCACUCAACAUAGAAAGCCAAGGGUCCUGCACCCCUGUCAUCAUGUGCCGCAGUCCAACAGAUGGAAAAACUAAAACUUCACCGAGGUCAAACUUGAAGUUCCGCUUUGACAAAAUGAGCCACUCAUCCACGACUUCUGAGUAGCUUUGGGUGGAACGGAAAAAACUCCCAACCUUGCACAAUGAAAGGACAGCGCCUGCUGACAGAGCUGCAAAAAAAA